AUGAAUAAACGCAACGAGAAUAUCUCACCCAUUGGUCGCGAACCUCAUUCAGGGGUUGUGUCUCAUGACCUUCUACAACGCGAUACAGUCUCUGAUCCAAGUCCAAACGAACUUAACAAUGAUGAAACCCGAUGGCAAGAUGUAGAGCACGUGGUGAAUCCACCCGCUCAUCGAGAAAUCGUCGGACAAUUGCAAAAAGAUUGGGAAAAAGAAACCAAAGCAAAGAGUACAGGAAAAUAUGAAGACAAGAACAAGAACAAAAGCGAUGAACAGCAUAAUCUCAGCAAAAGUGUUUAA